CGCUACCAUAAAAACAAAAUAUAGCAGCAAGCAGAGCGUACGCUAUACAGCCACCGUUACCAUUCUUUAUUGCUUCACCGAUCAGUGAAUUUCAUUGAGAAUCGCGGGCAGUCAGAUCUAAAGAACUAGGUAUACGUAAUUAACCAAAGCAAUUAACCAAAGCAAGAAACGCAUAAUCGCCGCAAAGAGAGAAUACACAUUUGCAGGAAUUGCAGGCAGGAUUUCUUUUACUCAUUCAGAAUGGCAACAAAUGAAAAUCUCCCACCAAAUGUGAUAAAACAAUUAGCAAAGGAAUUGAGAAAUCUCGAUGAAACUCCACCUGAAGGCAUUGAAGUGAGUGUAAAUGAUGACGACCUCUCCACGAUAUAUGCUGAUAUAGAAGGGCCAGUUGGAACUCCAUACGAGAAUGGUGUCUUCCGAAUGAAGCUGAUAUUAUCUCAUGAUUUCCCCCAUUCACCUCCUAAAGGAUUUUUCUUGACCAAAAUCUUUCACCCGAAUAUCUCAACCAAUGGUGAAAUAUGUGUGAAUGCACUGAAAAGGGAUUGGAGUCCAAGUCUUGGCUUAAGGCAUGUGCUAAUGGUGGUUAGAUGUUUAUUGAUAGAACCAUUUCCAGAGUCGGCUUUAAAUGAACAGGCGGGGAAGAUGCUCCUAGAUCACUAUGAUGAAUAUGCUAGACAUGCAAGGCUUUAUACUGGAAUUCAUGCUUUGAAGCCAAAGCCCAAGGUUAAAGCAGGGACUAUUUCGGAGUCAACGAUCACUCUGAAUGUUAUUGAUCAACAAACUAACACCUGCUCAAUAGACAGUGUUAAGCCGAAGAGUUGUAAUCCUCUCCAACACCGGUCACUGAUCAAUACGAAAGGAGGGACGGGUCAUCUAGAUCACCCAUCCAUACCUUUGCAUCCUAGCCCCAUAGCACUUGUGCAGAAGGAAAGUGGUUUGAGAAGAGUACAUGUGCAUUCUAUAAAAAAGAAAAUAGAUGCGAGAAAGAAAAGCUUAAGGAGAUUGUAAUCUGUUCGAACAAAUGUAGUGACCUUUGCCCCCUGGGUGUUAAAUUCAUAGCUUGGGGAAAGAACAAGGGAAAAAGGACAUCAAUAUAUUGUUGACUUCCUUUUUAUGUGAAGUCUCUUUGGCUAAAUCAUAUCUCCUUUUAUUCAUCAUACCCC